UAUUCGACGCCUGCGCUCGCCUGCCUCUCGCUCGGAUGGCGACCCCAGCUGGACGCCCGUCGGGGCUCUGCUGCCUUCUGCUGCUCCUUCUCCAGGCUGGAACGUGGCUUUGUGAGGAGACGGCAGCCCGGUGCCAACCAGGCUUCAGUUUGGACACAUACACUUUCCUCGUGCCCCGGCCGGACUUGGAACGGGGCAGGAUCCUGGGCACAGUGACCUUUGAGGACUGCACGGAGAGGAACCGGGCCCCCUACGUCUCGGACGACACUCGCUUGCAGGUGCGCCCCGACGGCGUGGUCGUGGUCAAACGGCCCCUGCGGCUUCACGGCCAGGAAUGGAGCUUCUUCAUCCACACCUGGGACCAGGCUGGCAGGAAACACUCCGCCAAGGUGACGCUGCAAAGUCGCGGCCACGGACGCCACCGCCGGCACCACCAUCACGCGGAGCCCAACGGCAUUGCUCACGGACAGGUGCUGACCUUCCCCAAAUCUGGCCCAGGCUUGAGGAGACAGAAGAGGGACUGGGUCAUCCCACCGAUCACUUGCUCCGAGAACGAGAGGGGUCCGUUCCCCAAGGAACUGGUGCAGAUCAAGUCCAGUAAAGACAAAGAGACCAAGGUCUUCUACAGCAUCACUGGGCAGGGAGCAGACAGCCCUCCGGUUGGCGUCUUCUCCAUUGAUAGGGAAACAGGCAGGCUGAGAGUGACCCGUCCGCUUGACAGAGAAGACAUUGACAAAUACCAGCUGCAGUCCCAUGCGGUGUCUGAAAAUGGCCAACCUGUGGAGGACCCCAUGGACAUCACCAUCAAGGUGAGCGACCAGAACGACAACCGGCCAGUAUUCACCCAGAGCGUCUUCGAAGGAGCCGUGACCGAAGGAGCCAGGCCAGGUACCUCUGUGAUGCAAGUGACGGCCACUGACGCUGAUGACAGCAUAGAUACUUUCAACGGGGUCAUCACCUACUCCAUCCUCAGCCAGGAGCCUCCAGAGCCCCACAGACAAAUGUUCACCAUCAACAAUGAAACAGGGAUGAUCAGCGUGAUCACCACAGGCCUAGACCGAGAGAAAUUCCCCCGGUACACUCUGGUCCUACAAGCUGCAGACAUGUUAGGACAAGGCUUCACUGCUUCAGCGUCAGCAGUGAUCACUGUCACCGACGCCAAUGACAACCAGCCGAUCUUUGAUCCGUCCAUGUACAAUGUAAAUGUGCCGGAGAACCAGGCAGGCGUUGAGGUUGCCCGGCUGACUGUAACAGAUGCUGAUCAGGAUAACACCUUGGCCUGGAAGGCCAAGUACACCAUUGUGAGAGGCAACGAGGGAGGGAACUUUGCUGUCACCACCGAUCCCCAAAGCAACAAUGGUGUUUUGACCACUGUGAAGGGCCUUGACUAUGAGACGCAAACACAGUUUGUCCUCCAAGUUACUGUGGUGAACGAAGCUCCCUUCUCGGUGGCUCUCCCGACAUCCACGGCCACGGUCAACGUCAACGUGGUGGAUGUCAACGAAGCCCCCGUCUUUAUCCCGCCUCAAAUGGCCGUGACCGUGUCGGAAGAGCUCCCCAUCGGACAGCGAGUGGCCACGUACACGGCUCAGGACCCCGAUAGGUUUAUGCAGCAGACCAUCAGGUAUAAAAUUGGGAACGACCCAGCAGGAUGGCUGAAAAUUAACCCCGAAAGUGGCGUUAUAGAGACUCGAGAUGCUCUGGACAGGGAGUCGGAAUUCGUGAAAAACAGCACCUACAUGGCCCUCAUCUGGGCGACCGACAACGGGACACCACCAGAAACUGGCACAGGAACGCUCCUCAUGCAUCUUGAUGACGUGAACGACAACGGGCCGGAGCCAGACCCCCGCUCCUUCCAGGUCUGCAACCGCAGCCCUCGGCUCCAGGAGCUGAGAAUUGUGGACAAGGACCUUCCUCCAAACACCUACCCCUUCUCUGCAACGCUGGAGCCGGGCUGGAGCGCCAACUGGACGGUCGGGAAGAACAAGGAAGGAGACAACGUGACCCUUCAACUGACCAAGGAGCUGGAGCCCGGAGAAUACAGCCUCCCCCUCAAGCUGACGGACGGCCAGGGGCUGUCCCAGGUGACCACGGUCACAGCGCAAGUGUGCAACUGCGAGGGGGAGCCCCGCGACUGCGAGAAAAGGGCGAUGUUGGCCGGCGGCAUGGGCAUCCCAGCCAUCCUGGGGAUCCUGGGGGGGAUCCUUUGCUUUCUGAUCCUGCUUCUGCUGCUGCUGCUGUUUGUGAGGCGGAGGACGGUGGUGAAGGAGCCGCUGCUUCUGCCAGAGGACGACACGCGAGACAACGUCUACUAUUACGACGAAGAAGGUGGCGGCGAAGAGGAUCAGGACUAUGACCUGAGCCAGUUGCAUCGUGGUCUGGAUUCCCGCCCCGAAAUCACUCGUAAUGACGUUGCCCCAACUCUCAUGCCAGCCCCGCAGUACCGUCCACGACCUGCCAAUCCGGACGAGAUCGGCAAUUUUAUCGAUGAGAACCUGAAGGCGGCAGACACGGACCCCACGGCACCCCCGUACGACUCGCUGCUCGUAUUUGACUACGAGGGCAACGGCUCGGAAGCUACCUCGCUCAGCUCAAUCAACUCCUCCGAUGGAGACCGAGACCAAGAUUAUGACUACUUGAACGACUGGGGCAACCGCUUCAAGAAGUUGGCUGACAUGUACGGAGGGGGCGAGGAUGAAGACUAGGUUGUUUGGAAUGACAGGUGGGGGGAGGGGGGUUAGUUCUUCAAGUGUGUGUGCUGGAGAGAGAGAGAGAGAGAGAGAGAGAGAGAGAGAGAGAGAGAGAGGGAGGAGACUGACUUUUCCUGGCAGCUGGCUAUGGGUCAGAUUUGUGGCUCUUUGCAUAAGUUGCCAAAGCACUACAUAAACCUUGCCUUCCUUCCAACGUUGGUCCCUCUUGGGGUGGAUUCAGACGACCGCAUGUUCCACAGGAUAAGCUACAUCCUUUUGAAGUUUCUAACACAUCCAGAUAGACUUGAAACCAACAGUGGGGAAGAGAACUCCCUAUGGGAUGGGAUUAUUCGCACACAAAUUGGUUGUUCUUAACAGGUUGUCUGAAUCCACCCUUGUUCACCAUCCCGGUGAGAGCUCUUGUACAAGGGUGUUUUUGAUCACCGCAACAGCCUCUGAAGCAGUCUGCUGAGAAUCAUACCGAAAACGUUGCAGGGACACGUAAAGUGCAAUUGUUACACUUGGGUCUGGGCAGAUUCCUUGCCUGCUGUCUCUUAACCACUGGUCUUCCUUUAACCUCUCACCCUCUCCACUUUUCACUUACACGUUCCUCCUCUACUAGCAGAAUACCUGUCAGGGUGUUGCAGAAUCAUAAACGUCUCAAUACAAGGAAAAUGAUGCAAGGAACACAUGCGCUUGUUGGGAAGAGGAGCAAAACAGGCCUGCUUUUAGGGCCACAGUAAUCAUGACUACUAAUGCAUGGGCUAAAGUGUGAGGGAUACUUAGGCAUGGUGCAUUCUGCCUCCAUGGCAUCAAGCCUCACAGUUCUGUGAAAUGCAGCCCAAGUGCUCGGUCUGAAACUGUUAACCCUGCGCCCCACCCCCACCCCCUAGGAACAAUGCACUUUAGGCACUUCGAGCACUGUAAUUCCAAAGCACUAACCAAAGACAAUUCUCGGGGCUGUGAGUGUCUGGCAGUUCUGCACAAGCAUCAUAGCCCAAAUGUGAAAUCUGGUAUUGGGGUGCGGGUGGGGAAGGACUGCGGCAUCUUGAGGCUCUGGGCUUUUAUUUUCAAAGGCCUUUAUGGCUGCAAAGAUAAGCGAUGCCUCACAAAAUCUUGGAAGCCGAGGCAGGAUUCCUGGUGGGCCAGGAAAUAGGGCAGAGCUUUGGUGCAACGCUAUUCGGCAGUCCCUAAAAAGAGCAUAGCAGACUAUUUAUAUAAUUGAUGCACAGGGCAGAAUUCAUUUUUCCUUGAUCUAGCAUUCUGGCUGGCUUCUUGAGUAUAAGGAAUGUAUUAGUGCAGAGUAAACGCAGCCACGGUUGUUCCAGUCUCUUACAGAACAAUCCUACCCGUGUCUAAUCAGAAGUGAGACCCAUGGAGCUUACUGGGACUUAUUGUAAGCGUGGGAUUUCAGCCAUGGACAGCUCCCUGGCUUCUCGGGCAUUUUUUUGUUUAUUACACCUUUAGUGGGGAAGGAAGCAUCAUCCUUUGGAGCCAGGAGGGUCUCGAACCUCAAGCUUGAGGGGCAAAUCCACCCCUCUGGGUUUUGCCAAAUUGCUGCAUCUUUUCCCCCAGGCCCCACUACCUUUCCCCUGACGACCAAAGAUUUUAGGGUUUCUCAGCUUUUGUGCCUUUUUCCUCAUUCUGAACGAUUAAAAUGCCUCUUCAAGGGACUAGUGACUGGCAGUAAACGUCUUAAGCUAAAAUACAUUGCAGCCCCGAAAUUGAAUUCUCACAGAGGGCGAAAUUCACCCCCUGCUUUAGGGGUGCCUGAAUCAACUGGUCCCAAGUGCCUUUGCCCCACUGCCACCUUACCAUUGACCAAUUCGCCAUCCUUUCGUUGCCCUUUUUUUCCUAUCAGACACACCUGAGUCAAAUAUAUGCCUCCCCAUAAUAUAGCGGGUGUUACAUUACCACCAUCACAUUAUCAAACCAUCUCUAGUCAUAUUUAAAGUCUAGUUUCAGCCCUUGUUGUCAUGUGUUGUACUUUUAUAUAUAUAUAUAUAGUAGUAGUGUUCAUACACAUUCCUGUCUAUUGAAUGGCUGAUGCAUAAAAUGCAACUGAAUAAAGUUUUUCCCCCCAGUCCAUUUUUAAGUGAUCAUUCACACCACUGUGCCAAUUAUUUCCUGCUAUGUAUUUACCAAUGUGUCGUGUUGAUUAUAUAUUUACUGUCCAAUUGAUGGGUAUUUUUUAAAGUGGCUUUCUCUGUGUUUAGAUUUGUAUAUUUAGCUCUCCUUUUUGAAUAUAUAAGAGUAUGCAACCUGAAAGGCCAUUAUUUACCAAUGUAUUUCAUAGAUCCUUUUGUAAUAAAAUUUUAAUA